GAAACGUCACGUGCCCGCGCCACCUCGACGUCUCCGACCCUCGGGGCGUGGAUUCUUCAUCGAUCGUGGCACCGCGAUGGACCGACGGACCGAGGCGCUUUCGUCGAUUCUUUGACCCCCAACACUGGCGGUGACGUGUGUGGAAACAGACCGGCGGUUUCGUCCAAAUGGCACGACGGGCAAGCUCGAUCCUGGACAACGCGGCCGCUACGUUCCUUCCCACCGACGACACUGCCGCGGCGAUCUUGUCUCGGUUUGUAGAUCCUUCCGGACGAUAUGGGUGGACGCAAACUCUGGAAGAACUGUACGUGUAUGUACCAGUGCGGCCACGAAUUGUGCGAAAAGGCGUCAACGUCUUGGCCACUCAGUCCUCCGACCACACGCAUUGGUUCACUGUGAUUGUCGAUACAAUUCCACGAGUCCACGCACAGUUGGCUGCCCACGUGAAGUGCGCAUCGCUCGACUGGGACAUCGCCGCGCAGAAGGAAUCGAGUCCGUUCUACUCUCGUGCAGUACUGCCAACGGCGACGGAGCCGUCCAUGGAGGUAUGUAUCACACUCGCCAAGGCGGUUCCUGGGCACUGGGCGACAUUGUUUGGCUCGUGUAGUUGAAACUACGUCGUCGUAUUUUCCAUUCAAUUUUGUGUCAUCACAAUCGCUUUUCAAGUGGCA